UCAGGAAAUCUGUGUAGGCCUACAGUUUUAAGACCAGAAUUGAUAAGAGUUGCAAUAGCUUUUAUCAAAUGUGUUUGUUCUAAAAUGAUAUGUGAUUCAAAAUUGAACUUGAAGUGGAAUCAGUUGUUGUAUUUACCAGUACAGUAGACAUUGAUUGUAGAACAUCGUGCAUUGUCUUUAAGUUGAUUGAUUGACUGGUUGAUUGAUUGAUUGAUUAUUUGUUUGAUUGAGUGAUUAGUUAAUCUUUCUGACCCAUUUUAUUAUUGUUUGUAUAUACUGUUUGGUGCUAGGCCUUGAAAGUGAAAGUUGAAUUGAAUUUAAUAGACAAGGCUGAGCUUGGAUUGUGAAAAAUAAAGACUUUGAAUAGGCCUCUGUACAGGAAUGUGAAAAAGCAAAGUGCUUGAGGCAGAUAACAAUAGGCAAGUCUGUACUUGGAUUGUGAAUAAGAAAAUUACUUGGAACAGGCCACAGUAGGGAGGACUGUGCUACAAUUACGAAAAAGAGAAAGUCUUGGACCCAAAGCAAGCCGCAAGGCUGUGUUAGAAUUGUGCAAACAGUCAUUGGAAUCCGUCUUAGCCAUCUUUACGAUGAUACGAUAUUUUAUUGCGUGCACUUGCUUUGUAGCAAACGUCCUUUUCUAUACUAUAAGGCUUAAUUUAAGUAUCGCCAUUACUGUGAUGGUGCGUCACAACACAAGUUUGACUGUUGGUAAAAUGGAGCUGCCACUUAACACCACAAAAAGCAACGACAAUAAUGUGCAAACUUUCGAUUGGGAUGAAAAAACACAGCAAAUGAUACUUGGAGCUUUCUUUUAUGGUUACGCAAUCAUGCCGAUACCCGGAAGUUGGUUGGCAGAACAUAUAGGCGGCAAACGAAUGAUUGGAUUUUCAAUUAUUUGUUCGAGUAUUCUAUCAAUCUUAAUACCAUGGGCAGCAGGAGUCAGUGUUGGCCUAGUUGUGAUAUUGCGAGGUUUAGACGGAAUGGUUCAGGGAAAUGUAAUACCUGCAACUGUCAUCUUACUGCAAAACUGGGCUCCGAAAGCUGAGUUAAAUACCAUAAUAUCAAUUGCUUUUGCAGGAAUGCAGAUGGGUAUCACUGUUGGGAGUCUACUGUCUACUAGGCUUUGCUCAAUGAAUGUGCUUGGAGGAUGGCCAUUGUCUUUUUAUACGUACGGCAGUGUAGGCUUGAUUUUGGCUUUAUUUUGGACAGUGUUUGUAUACGAUACAGCAAACGAACAUCCAUGCAUAUCACAGAAUGAGCUCGCCUUGCUCGAUUCAAACCCAAGUCCAAUGGAAUCGGAUAUCAAAAUUAAAUCCGUUCCAUGGCUGUCCAUUUUUACCUCGCCACCAGUUUUGGCAAUCGUCAUAAGUUACUUUUCAUUCGACUUUGGCGUAUAUUUCUUCUUUACGGAUAUACCAACAUUUUUGUCUUCAGUUUUAGGAUACGAUUUUCAAACACACUUGGAAUACCAGCUGUCUGUCUUCUUGCUCUUGGAUAUGCUAGCAGUAAUGAAUACUUCAUGCAGUUUCUUAUUAUAACUACUUUUGGAAUUUAUGGAGUAGGGAAUUCCGUGCUUUCCAACCCGAUAGACCUUUCUCCAAUGUACUCUGGGAUAAUAACAGGUGUCGUAAUGACGAUAUCCAGUUCUGCUGGUUUUAUUGGACCUUUCAUUGUUGGAUUAUUAACGCAAGAUAAUAAUGUGUUGAGACAAUGGUCCAUAAUGUUUAAAAUAACUGCUGGCAUCCAGAUUUUUGGGAUGAUUAUUUAUCUAUUCUUUGCGCAAGUUGAAGAACAGGAGUGGUCAUGUACAGGAGCGGUUAUGCAUAAUGGUCAAAAACAGGAAAGGUCAAAUCUGAAAAUAAGUAAUGACGAAGAGAAAGCAAGUUUAAUUAAUAAGAGAUAAUGCAAUUACACUAAAACUUGUUUGUUAAGAUUUUAUUAUUAUUAUUUAUUAUUGUAUUGUGAUGUAUUGGAGUUCCAUAAAUUACAAACAAACAUUUGCGUUCAGUAGUGGUGCAGUAUGCAGUAGGAAGUGAAACGCACCACUUCAGUGAGUGCCGCUGAUACAAAGGCAUAUUUUCACUAAAUAAUAAAAUAAAUAUAUAAAGUGAACUUGUGUACCUUAUCAAAAUGUAAAUCAAGCACUCCCCAAGGUGGCGGUCCCUUGCUCUCACUGGUGUCUUACCUGUCUUUAUCUUAACUGUUGUAAACAGAGUCUUAUUUAGAAGGUAAUUUGUCUUUUGUUUACAAUUAAAAUAAUGACUUAAAGUAUUUCAAAAAUUAUAAAGACGUGGCAAUAUUCAAUAUUGUGCUGUAAACAUAAUCCUGUAUCAUUACAUAUUUGUGCUUCACAAACAUUGACUGAUUAUACAUUAGGUACUGACAGCCUUACGAAAUAUUGUCUAUGGCCGGGCCUUCCCACUAAGCCGGGCCUUCCCACUAAGCCGGGCCUUCCCACUAAGAAAGCCCUUUCGAUAUUGCUGGUAAGUUUGGUUUUAAACAGCAUAUUUAUUUAUUUUACCAGCAUAAAAUUUCGGUCAUAUAUUCAAUAUUAAAAAUUUCAGUCCCAUUCUCCGUUUAAUUUCUGGUUUACUGAUUAGCAUCUUAAGGUGGAACUCGUGUGGUAGUUUAGAAAAUCAUUAAAGUUGACAAAUAAAUGAAA